CAAAUUUCUUACAAGUAAAUAUCUUUAUGAGCUUAUCCCGUCGAUAAUAUUUUCUUUUUAAGGUGUUAACUUGAUUUACAGGAUUACUACUGCAUUUUACUAUCUGCGUUUUACGAUGCGAGACAAAAGAGUUUUAAUUGCAAAAAAGUGGAAUCGAUGACUCUGCUUCUCGUUUUACCCGAGUUAUUUAUCGGUUGAAUUUCGCUUAAUUAAAUACCACGAAACGAAGUAUCAGCAGAUCAAUACAAACGAAAGACGGAUAAUUAGGCCGGAUUAUUUUUAUCAGACAUCAGAUUGAAAUGUUGUUUCAAGUACAAUCAAUUUUUAUCCUCUAAUCUCUUACAAUAAUCUUAUAUAAAUCCUCUUUAUCAAAGAUUUCGAUGUUUCAGGAAUGAUAUAACGACAACUUACGUGUUUCUAAGAAUUCUCGUGAUAAGAGGAAUGUUUAAUCGUGAUGUGACUAUUAGAUUUGUCUAUUUUUUUAAAAAUUCAAUCCGUUGCAUCGUUCGCAUUCCGUGAGGACGGAUGCGUGGCACGCAUCGUUAGAACUCCUUCGUGACACGACCAUAAUAGCUUCCGGUCAGAUAUCCAACGGCGCUCGCUUCCGGUCCCCACUCCUCCACGAGUCGCGAAAUGAAAAGGGGAAUUAGUUGAUUUUGCCGUUGUCAGAUGUAAUCGCGGUGCCGCGUAACAUCGUGCAUUUCGCCGGUGUUUGCGAUUUUUUCCGACAAGCGCGAACAUCGUGCCGUUGUUGGGUACGCUCGGCGCUACGCGACGUGUACUAUUAUGCAAGUAGCGCGAUCGCUCGCUCUAUUAAAAUGUUUUAGACGUUUUAUAUUUAAUUCUCUUUAUUACGCAAAAGGCUGGUAUUCCGCGAGAUAUCGUCGGGUAUAACGGAGAUCGAGGAAACCGUAAUAACGAGCAGCGAUUCUAUUUCAUCUGCUAACACACUACCGUUAUCAAACAUCCGAACCUUCUCUUCUCACAUUAUGCGUCUGCACCGGCUGCAACGCGCUAAUUAAUUAUCUUGAGAUGUCUGCUGAUUUCGCAAUGCACAGUAACGCGUCCAACGUGUCAAGCGUAUGUUUCGCUCGAUAUUUAUAUAAAUCGAAUAUUUUAGGAAAACCCAUUUUUAUCGGACACCCGUUAAGCAGUCGUUGGCGUUAACUGUCUUGCUAUUGUACGCGGGUGUAACUCGACGACAGGUGUACAGAUGCGGCUACAUACAGAGUGUCUCGCAAAAAGCAUUUUACUUCCUUUCUUGUUUUCGUAUAUAUCCGUUUUUUUUUUAUUCGAUAAAAAACUCUCCGUAAAAGUUUCUAAAGUGCGUUUGCCUAAGCAAUGAAUUACUUUUUGCAUAUAUUUAUAUUUUGAGAACAUCAUAAAGUUAUGUCUCGUAAAUCACUGUAACAAAUAAAAUUUUACUUUCAGAAUAUAACAUAAUAAUGUAUGUGCACAUGUGUGACAUAUUUUUGAGUUUCACACAUACACACACACACACAUAUCAAAAUUUUUAUUACGCAGCAAUCCCGAAAUAACGUAUGCGUGGAUGCCUCGUAAGCACGAAGCCGAACAACAGAAAUACACCACACCUGUAACGGACGGAAUACAUUAAUGAAUCCUUCCUCACUUGACUAUUGGUCACCUGACUCAUUUCCUGUAGACUGAAAAGCCCCCCUCUGGUAGCCUGUUAUUUCUGUCCAAUGUGAGGAAAAACGAGAGAAGGAGACAAGGAGAAACGGAGGAAGCGACAAAUUUAGUGUUAACCGCGAAGCCGGCGAUCUAGCCAUGGAGGACGAGGACUUUGGUUUUGCGAGCAGGACCGACAACGCCCUGAAAAAGAUCCUCACCGUUAGCAACGAACGGGCAAACGGCGAGGAAGCAGUUCGCAACGAUAAGCCUAAGACGUCGGAAGUCGUUGGAGGUGGUGGUGGAUCAACAACACCAGCGCCUCCGACCGUGGCCGGAAGCGAGGGCCGUGAACGCGCGUCAACCGCCGCCGGCUCAGUCGUGCCCAACACGCCGGACAUACCGAACGUGGUGGAGUAUCAUCUUAAAGUCAAGCCUAGAUCAACGACGAGGCACUGCCGGCCCGAUAACGCUCCCAGGGACCAGCUUUUGGAAGAGAUGAAGAAGGAGAAGAGUCCUGUGUCUGUCGAUGAUAAGAGAAAAGAUCUCGUGUCGAAACUGUCGCGGCUAUCCAUCGACAAUAAUGUCUUCGAGGGCUCCACCGACUUGCCGCAAGUGUUUCAGGUGAAGUAUCUGGGAUCCCACGAUGCAAGAGGCCUCUGGGGCAUCAAGCACACGAGGAGGCCCGUCGAUAACAUGGUUUCUGCCGCGAAGGCUCUGCCAACCAACACGAUGCUGCCUCUUAUCAAGCUGGUAGUCUCUCAGGAGGGAGUAGCCUUGCUGCCACUGGACAAGAGGAAGCAGGACGCUAACUUAUCCAGGAUGUAUCCUAUCGAGACGAUCUCUUACGGAGUGCAAGAUCUCGUUUACACUAGAGUCUUCUCCAUGAUAGUCGUUCGCGAAACGGAGAAUUUCCGAAGAAUCUCUCCGUUCGAGUGUCACGGUUUCGUUUGCGAGUCCAAGUACUAUGCGAGGCAAUUGACAUACGCUCUCGCCACAGCGUUCGAAAUUUACUCCAAGACUGUGAAGGCUCAGGAUAAAUUGGCCGCGGUUUCCGGAAGCAAUUCAUCCAGGAAGAGAUUCGCGAUUGAUUUAAGAAGCCCCGAGGAGAUCGAGGCGGAUCUCACGAUGGACUCCGAAGCGUAGUUUUCGAUAUCUGCCGUUAUCUGUUAGAUUAAGAUAUGAAUUUAGUCAGAAAAUAUUUGAAAGUCUUUGACGUACAUAAAAGAAACAUAACAAAGAAUUAAAUUUUAUAACUCGCGAGAAUUCUAUUUUAAUUCGAUUUCGAAUUCGAUUUUAUCCCGUCGCGGAUGCAAAAAUCAAAGAAGAUUUUAUGUUACAUUUAUGUUUCGACACAGAUUUUUUGAAAAGGACAAUACAGGGUAUAAAAAUAGUACUAGACCUUCAAAAAAGUAUCAUUGAAUUUUUGUCACAGUGAAGGAAUAUGAUUGUAUUAAGUCAGUCACUUUUAAUUUUAAUUUUUAUAGUAAAAAAUUGACUUAUGCAACAUAUAAAAAAAAAGAUUUAAUAUAUAUUCUUGUAUGUGUUGAAGUAGACUUAUUAAAAUUUAAUACUUAUUAUUCAGAUUAAGCUUGUAAAUAGUCGCGUAUAAAAUCGCAGUAAUUAUGUCGAGUAUAAAUAAUCUUAGAUAUUAAAUGCAUUAUUUUUUACCAAUAUCGCGGACGCAACACAUUUUUAUACAUUUUGACCUAGUCGAAACAAA